GAGGAGGCCGAAAGGGAGAGGAGGAAGAGGGAGGAGAGAGCGAGGAGGGCGGAGAGAGAGGCCAGGACCAAUGUGCUAAGGAAGAAGGCGCGGGUGGGGGAGGGGAGCGGCGCCUGCCCCUCCCCCCACGUGGAGCUUUUCCCCUCCCCCCACGCCGGGGGGGGCGUGGACACGGCCCCCAAUCGGGAGCACGAGGAGGAGAAACGGCGGGAAAAGGAGCGCCAGGAUCGGGCCCUCGGCCUCUUGACCUUCUUAGGCCAAAGCUCAGCCGAGGCCAUGACCUCCCCCCCCUGGUACCUGCGCCCCCCCUCCCCCAAGCCCCUCCCCCACCCCACCCCACCCCCACCCAAAGCCCCUCCCCCUCCCAAACCCCGCCCCUCCCCCUCCCUUUCCCGCCUGCGCCAGCAGCGCCUCCAAAGGGAAGCGCGGGAAGCGCGGAGGAGCCGGGAGCUGCUGAGGGGGGAGGGGCUGUGGGGGGAGGGGGACCCCGCCCCCCACUGCCCCAUGGAUGACAGGAACCGGCCCUACAACAGCCGCUAUCACCCGGAGCUGGGAAAGGGG